AGCAGCACAUGCCGCUAUGCCAACCCCCUUUUACUGCUUUGCAGAGAGCUGGACUCGGAGCGCACCGUCGAGUCAUUCCCACCACUACUCACCGGCUAUAUAUGAGGGAGAAGCGUGCCGAGUGGAAACAAGCAGAAAAAAACUCAAACAGCACUUUUUUACUACGCGGGCCAACUCCUCUUCUAGGUUCAGUUAUCGUUGGAGGAAGGCGGUUGCCCCAGUGGGCAGUCAAGUGCGGACAAAGCGACGGUGGAAGUUGGAAGUCUGCUAACUACGGAGAAAGAAGUUAAGUCCUCGCUGAAGGUCCUUGGAUGUGAACAGGCUGGAUACUGAAGCCGAGGGAAAACUCGUUCGCUGCCCUGUAACCCGAGGUUGGAGCAAGUGUCCGAGGAGCUGGAGACGACAGCAGGUAAGAUUAUACCCAUAAGGAUGGUCAUCUGAACCCAAUCUUCUGGGGGGCCAAGAGGAGACAUGCCUCUGUAAAUCACCUCUGGAAACAAAUGCGCUGAAACUAUGCCUCCAGGGAUGGUGCAUCGUUUGUAUCUGCUGCUAUUCCAGACACUGUUGCCUCUUCUGCUGCUUGUCACUGGCUCACUCUUCUCUGGCAUAGUCCGAGGGUCACCAGCCUUUGACUCCAGUCAUUACGCCACCUUUAUAAGGAAUGACACUCUGUUUGAGCACCUGGCCCUGCAUCCUGACCCCAGUGUGGGUCGAGUCUACGUUGGGGCUCGAGAUCACCUGUUUCAGCUAGAUCGGUUCCUCCAACCCGAACUUCAGGACAACACCGGGCCUGUUACAGACAGUCGAGAUUGCUUACCCCCUGUUACUGAGUCCACUUGCCCUCAGGCUGAGAUGACCAGUAAUCACAACAAGCUGCUGCUGGUUGAUCCUUAUGCUAUGGAACUCAUUACCUGUGGAAGUGUCAGCCAAGGAAUCUGUCAGAAACGUAGUCUGGAUUCUGUGGAUAAGGUGCUUUUCUCCACAGAGAGGCCAGUGGAUACCCAGUAUGUAGCAGCUAAUGACCCUGACAUUAGUACGGUUGGGCUUGUGGUUCGGUCCCAUCCAGACAGGCAGCCAGUGUUGUUUGUGGGAAGGGGUUACACUAGCAGCCAUCCACCUAUUUCCACAAGAAACCUUGCACAGGAGCCAGUCUUCUCUUACGAGGAGACAGCCAAGUUAGCUGUGGCUGGUCGUCUUUCAGAAUAUGGCCAUCACUUUGUGGCGUCAUUUGCCCACCAUCAGCAUGUGUACUUCCUCUUCUAUAGACGGGACCUAAAAUCGCAGUCACGGGAGUAUCGUACCUACAUUUCUCGUGUAUGCUUGGACGACCAGGCUUAUUACUCCUAUGUGGAAGUCCCAUUGACAUGCCGUUCCAGGGCAGGAAAGAUUUACAACCUCCUACAAGCUGUCCAGCUAGGGCUCUCCAAGAAUGACUCAGAGAGUCAAGACUCAGACAUUCUCCUUGGUGUCUUCUCCACUCGUUUGGCUUCAUCACCUCAGCCCAGCGAGGACUCAGCACUCUGCAUGUUUAGCCUUAAGGAUGUGGAUCACAGGAUUAACUCCACAAGAGACCUGUGCUACACACAGAUGGGCAAAGAAGCCGGAGUGGAGGCAGCCUACAUUGAGUACGAAGUCAAGUCAAACUGUGCCAACUUGCCAGAGAACACCCUGGAUGCCUAUCCAUGCGGCUCUGACCACACCCCCAGCCCAAUGGCAAGCCGGAUGGCUGUUGAAGCGGAGACCAUACUGGACAGCCCAUCUGCCCGUCUCACUGCCGUUGCGGUCAGUGUGAGGUUGGGCCAUACCAUUGCCUUUCUGGGAGAUUCAAGAGGGGACCUGCACAAGGUUUUCUUGGGGCCAUACGGUGAGGUAGAAGAGUACUCUGUCAUCUCCAUCCAGCAGAAUGGAGCCAUUAGCUCAGAUCUCAUCCUGGACCAGAAAGAGGAACACCUCUUCAUCAUGACCCAUAACAUGCUGCAGAAGAGACCCGUGGCUGAAUGCCAGCAGCACACAGACUGUCACUCCUGCCUGCUGGCCCACGACCCCUACUGUGGGUGGUGUGUCCUGGAGGGCAGGUGUGUGUUGCAGUCACAGUGUUCUCGUGGUAAACAGCCGGGUCAGUGGUUGUGGAGCUUUGUCAUGGAGCAGCAGUGUCUGACCAUCCAGGACCUCAACCCCUCCAACAUGAGCCGUAUGGAGAGCAAGAUGGUGUCUCUGUCGGUUCCGGGUCUUCCUGUGUUGGAAAAAGACGAAUCGUAUUCCUGCUACUUCCAGGACAGCCACACUCUUGCCACUGUCACUGAAGCGGGGGUGACCUGCUAUUCCCCGGACAUUGGCAGAGUAGCCACGGUCCCCUCAGGACAGGACUUUGUCACAGUCACCUUGUCUCUUCGUUUUGGCGACGUCACGGUCACGACCAGAGAGUUCACCUUUUAUGACUGCAUGGCUGUUAAGCAGCUGUCUGGCAGCAUGCCUUGCCAUGGUUGUGUUUUAAGCAAGUGGGGCUGCAACUGGUGCGUUCACCAGCACUCAUGUACACACAAGCCCAUGUGUGAUGAGGGGGUCAUCAUCUACAACCAACACUUUAAACUCCCCACCUCAGCUCCUCCCUCAAGCAAACCACUUAAAGUGAUCACAACACCCAGUAUGACAACUGCCCCAUCAACCACCACGACUACAACACCCACUACCACUAGAACAGCAACAACAACAACAACUGCUCCCACUGUAGCGACCACGGAGGAGCCAGUGACCACACAGGCCACAACUACCACCAGCCCAGAGCUGACCACCUCCUUUACUACGCUGCCACCUCAGCCUGCCAGCACCCAGCCAGACACCACACCAGCACUAACCACCCCUCCACCUCCAGAGUUUACAAGUGAGAAGAACGAAGACUCUGAAGCAGGACUUUUCAUUGUCAACCAAAGUAAAACAGAAGGUACUGCAGUUACACGCAGUGAUCUGGUGGCUACAGAGCUGGUGCCCGUUACCAUGGCUGAUGGUCUUAGUGGAGAUCUGGAGACUGUGAUGCCGCUCAUGAUCCCAGAAUCCUCAUCGCUCAGUGAUACCCAGGAAGUUGGAGGAGCACUAAACCUGUCUGAGCCUCGAGACUCGACUGGCUCUCCUCUAACCACGACGUUUGCUUUGGGCAAACCCAGUGACUUUGAGCUGUCCCUGCAUCAGGAGCUUACCCAGACACCUUUCCUGGUGCACACAGAAGACAGUCAGACUAAGGCAGAAAGCAUUGAACCCAUAAAAGUGGGAGCCGUUCAGUCAGAAAUUGACACAGCCACAUUUUCAGCUGCCACUAUUUUGUCAGGUGAUGGUGAGGUUGAGUCCCCACCCUUCCCUCUCCUGCGGGAUACUGACUCAGAGCUGGACUACCAGUAUGAUCCAGAUGAUGCCUUCCUCCCGGGGGAUGAGGGCUCUUUUGUCAGUUGGGGUGCCUCAGCAUGUCCCUGUGUGGAAAAGGUCCAGGGUUCAUCACUGCUUCCCGUGAGAGUAGAGAGGAAGAUCACCUUACUGGCCCGCAACCUGCACCUCUAUGAGAAUGCUGAGCAGGACUAUGAGUGUGUGUUGGUCAUUGAGGGGCAGACGGUUGUGGUGGACACCUAUGUGGAAACGGAUGACAUGGACCCAUCAAGAUCUGCUAUCACCUGUCAACUUCACCAGUACACAUAUUCAGCUAUAUUAGAAGAAUACAAUGCCAUGGUGUAUGUGAAGAGAAGAGACACCUUUCAUGUGGACAGCCCUGCUGAUCUUUAUGUAACUUUGUACAACUGUUCCGUGGGCCGGUCCGACUGCAGCCGGUGCCACACAGCUGACCAGAAGUACGGCUGCGUGUGGUGUGGCAGUGCUCAGGCUAGCUGCUUGUACUCUGAUUCCUGCAACGAACCCGUACAGCAGACAUGCCCCGCUCCUGUUAUCAGUUAUAUUGAGCCGCUCUCCGGCCUGUUGGAAGGAGGCACCUUGCUGACCAUUUCGGGUUCAAACCUCGGCCAAAAGGCUGAGGACAUACUAUAUUCUGUGUCAGUAGCUGAGGUGGCCUGCACCGUUAUCCCCAGCCUGUAUGAGGUGUCCUCCAGGAUAGUUUGCAGAACCAAAGCCAGUGGAGGAGAGAGGGUGGGCAAAGUCUCUGUUAAAGUGAGUGGAGGAGAGCUUGGCCUGUCAAGCCAGAUGUUCAGCUACCAGGAUCCAUUUGUGAUGGGGGUGUCACCUGAGAAAGGCCCCAAGGCUGGAGGAACCACCCUGACCAUCACGGGUCGAAACCUGCUGACAGGUCGAGCCUCUGACCUCAACAUCUCUGUGGGAGGAGUUCCCUGUAUUAUAGUAUCAGAAGUGAACAAGUCCAGUGUUCAGUGUGUAACAGGGAGCAGCAAUAAGACAGGCAAUCACCAAGUCAGCCUGCAUUACGGCAGUAGCCAGCGCCAUCUCCAUGCUUCUCCCUACCAUUACACUCCUGACCCCAACAUCACCUAUGCCAAUCCCGCCAGCAGCUUCCUAGAUGGCGGUCGAGUGAUCUAUGUGUCAGGUCGUAAUUUGGACGUGGUACAGGAGCCUCGCAUGGUGGUGACGGUCUCCGUUGAGUCUGCCAGCCAGAGCAGGAGGAGACGGAGGAGGAGGAACAGUGCAAGGCAGAGGAUGCUUGUAAGGCCACUUCGGGUGAUUCCUGACCCUGUGUGUCCUGCGCCUGGAGACUCGCUCUGUUCUGUCAAACAGUUUGUGGAACGGUGCGAGGUGAAUUCUUCGACGCUGAUUCUGUGCCGCUCUCCAACUGUGGACUCCUCCAUCUUGGAGUCAAAAGUCACAGUGGAAUUUUUGCUAGACAACCUGCGCUUUGACUUCAGGGAUUUAAACCCUGAGGGCUUCAGCUAUGAGCUAAACCCCAACCUACACCGACUGAACCAGCAGGACCCUGUGAAACCCUACCGCUACAACCCUGGCAGUUUCAUCCAGCUAGAGGGAGAAAACCUGGACCUGGCCAUCACUAAAGAUGAAGUGGUGGUGAUGAUAGGGGAGGGUGUGUGUGCUGUGAAGACCCUGACGAAAAACCACCUGUACUGUGAGCCACCACCCCAACAGCCUGCCCCAGCAGCCAAUGGCAAAAAACGAGAGGGCACUGACAACCUCCCUGAGUUCACUGUCCAAAUGGGAAACCUGAACUUUUCUCUUGGUAAAGUUCAGUAUGACAACCUCAGCCCAUCCACCUUCCCACUGGAAGCUCAGAUUGGAGUUGAAGUGGGGGCAUCGAUAGUGGCGCUCAUUGUUCUCAUCAUUGUCCUCAUCUACAGGAGAAAAAGUAAACAGGCCCUUAGAGACUACAAAAAGGUCCAGAUACAACUGGAGAACCUGGAGACCAGCGUGAGAGACCGCUGCAAGAAAGAGUUCACAGAUCUGAUGACAGAGAUGAUGGACAUGUCUAGUGAUCUUGUGGGCUCGGGCAUCCCUUUUCUUGACUACCGAAUGUAUGCCGAGCGCAUCUUCUUCCCGGGACACAGAGAGUCGCCGCUCAGGCGAGAACUCGAUGUUCAGGAGUGUCGGCGGCAGACAGUGGAACAGGGCCUGGUGCAGCUGUCCAACUUACUUAACAGCAAGCUGUUCCUUACUAAGUUCAUUCACACCCUAGAGAGCCAGCGAACCUUCUCUCCCCGAGACAGAGCAUACGUGGCCUCCCUGCUGACAGUGGCACUUCAUGGCAAGCUGGAGUAUUUCACUGACAUCCUUAAAACGCUCCUCAACGACCUGGUGGAGCAGUAUGUGGCCAAAAACCCUAAACUGAUGCUGCGGCGAACAGAGACUGUGGUGGAGAAGCUGCUGACCAACUGGAUGUCCAUCUGCCUCUACACGUUCCUCAGGGACUCAGCAGGAGAGUCUCUUUAUAUGCUGUUUAGAGCCAUAAAGCAUCAAGUAGAUAAAGGACCAGUGGAUGCGGUGACUGGCAAGGCCAAGUACACGCUCAAUGACAACCGUCUGCUACGAGAAGACGUAGAGUACAAGACCCUGACUCUAAAUGUCCUGGUGCAGGGCGGUGGAGUGAAUGAGACCCAGCCGCUGGCAACCAAAGUCCUGGACUGUGACACCAUCACACAGGUGAAGGAGAAGCUGCUGGAUCAAGUGUACAAGGGUACCUCCUUCUCUCACCGACCCCACGCCGACUCACUAGACCUGGAGUGGAGGUCGGGUGUUGCCGGUCAUCUCAUUCUCUCAGAUGAGGACCUCACAUCUGUGGUUCAGGGAAAUUGGAAGCGGCUAAACACACUUCAGCACUACAAGGUGCCCGAAAGUGCAACAGUAGCACUGGUCCCUCGUCACAGCAAACAUAUUCACCACGACAACCACGACUACGUAGCAGGAGAAAAAACUCCGAUGUUGGAGGAUGCAGAUGAAGGUGGAGUGAGGCUCUGGCAUUUGGUAAAAGCCAGCGAGGAGCCUGAGUUGCCUAAACACCGCAGAGGCAGCCUGAGGGAGCGAGAGAGGGCCAAAGCUAUCCCAGAGAUAUACCUGACCCGCCUGCUGUCCAUGAAGGGCACACUGCAAAAAUUUGUAGAUGACCUGUUCACAGUGAUCCUCAGCACCAGCCGUCCCGUCCCAUUGGCUGUCAAAUAUUUCUUUGACUUGCUGGAUGACCAGGCAGGUCAACAUGGCAUCUCAGACCCUGAGACAAUCCACAUCUGGAAGACCAACAGUCUUCCUCUGCGGUUCUGGAUAAACAUUGUGAAGAAUCCCCAGUUCAUAUUUGACAUCCAGGCUUCAGACCAUGUGGACGCUGUGCUCUCUGUCAUCUCCCAGACAUUCAUGGACUCCUGCACCAUUGCUGAGCACAAACUGGGACGAGACUCUCCCAUCAACAAGCUCCUGUAUGCCAGAGACAUCCCCCGCUAUAAGCAGAUGGUGGAAAGGUACUAUGCUGACAUUAGACAGACCAUCUCAGCCAGUGACCAGGAGAUGAACUCUGCUUUAGCUGAACUGUCCAGAAACUACUCUGGAGAGUUGAACUACCUGGUGGCCCUGCAUGAGCUCUACAAGUACAUAAACAAGUACUACGAUCAGAUCAUUACGGCGCUGGAGGAGGACACAACAGCUCAGAAGAUGCAGCUCGGCUACAGACUACAGCAAAUUGCUGCUGCAGUGGAGAACAAGGUUACUGAUUUGUGAUGAAGGAAACACCCACAGGUGCCAUCAAAUAAAAGACUGAUUAAGGAGAACGGACCAAUGCUUCUCCUUGUGUUAGCCGAAGGGCUGUAAUGUUUUUGAAGAAAAUUUGAUCACUAAGGGUCAAAAGAUUGUAAUUGGCAUAGAAGUUGACCUGGGACAUUUUAUGGCCUAGUGAUGAUCUGUGAUUGUAGUCCAGACACUGUAUGGUCCUGAGUCCACUGCAGAACCUAUAAGAGGAUGGCACACGGACACCUAACUGACCUGGAUAGAGAAAACCAAGAUGUAUGACAGUCAGUCCUGCUGUUACACUGUUGAAAGGAGACCCUCAAGUGAAAGGUACACACCAUGUACGAGACAACCCUGUAACACUAAAUAGCUCUAAGAACUAUGUGGUCCAAGUCAGCUGAGCCAGUCUGACCAAUGAAAGGGAGAUUUUGUCUCAUUAUGUUCCCCUUUGAAUUCAUUUUAUGAAAAAGGUACCUGCUGUGUGUGUGUGUGUGUGUGUGUGUGUGUGUGUGUGUGUGUGUGUGUGUGUGUGUGUGUGUGUGUGUGUGUGUGUGUGUGUGUGUGUGUGUGUGUGUGUGUGUGUGUGUGUGUGUGUGUGUGUGUGAGAGAGAGAGAGAGAGCUCUCUGUUGUAAUCUACAUCUACUCACAUUUCUGCAUUUCUGCUUUAUAGUAUUUUGACAUCACAGUGAAAAGUGGUUCAUUAUGUUGUUGUUUUUUAUCAUCAUAAACCCUCUUUAAUCAGAGUCAGUGUCAGUUUCCGGGUCACUACCACUGUCUACCUCAGCCUACUUUGCUGCAUCAGGUGACCUCAUCUCACGGUACCAGUACAGCAGCACAUCUGUCAGGUGCAGUGACACACUCAUAUGCUUCUAAUCAUUGUCUGCCGCAACAUUUUAGGUGCUUAAACCUUAGCUUUCUGGUGUUAAAGACAAUAAUGGAAAACCAAAAGUCCUUCCAUAAAGACUCUGGAAUCCUAAUGUGUGUGUAUGUGCUGCCCUGUGUUUUGUGGUCCUAACAUUCCUUGUAGUUUGUGAUGUCCAAUCAUGCUUCACCUUGUUCCACUCCAGUAGAGCUGUACAUUUGUAGUUUGGUACUGACUUCUUGUUUUGAACAUGAGGUGGCAGCGCUGCACAUACCGAGGGUCCAGAUAGAUAUUUAGUCAAAUCAUAUACAGGUAUUAGUUGUAUGAGCCUACUAUUUGUUUAGCUAACGCUAGCUGAUAAAUAAUAAAUCACUCAAGCAUUCAGACACUCAACUAAAAUCACAGUACGCUAUACACAGACUGACUGCUGGGUACGCUUUGUCACAUCUGUUUCCUUUGGUUCCGUUAGCUUUGGGUUUGGGCUCAACUGAGGUUCACUCCAAGGUUUUGGCUUCACGGCCCACAUGUCUUUAUUAAGACAAAACAAGAAACUAGUUUGUCAACCAGCAAACAGGUUCUGAACCAAGCAGGUUCUGCACCAACGUGAACCCAUAGUUUUAGCUUCUAAUUGUUACCUUUCUGGGUUAAAGUUACACAUCAUUGACCUAAAAAGCCAUAAUAAACUACUAUUUCAUUUGGGGAAAGCUCUGUAACGUUACGUGAUGUUUGCGUGAGGGAGACCUAUUAUUAUUGUUAGGCUGUAUAUUUGGUGAUGUAGAGCAGGCUCUGCAAAGAGGGCUUUUAAAGAUGUUUCUUGUUUUGUGUUAAUAUCUUUGUAAAUAUUGUAGUGACUGUAAUUGUAGUGAUUUAACUUGUUUAAUAAAAGGAAGAUUUCUCAUGUGCUGAAUAAUAAAAUACUCUUAAAGUGUG